CACACCGGAUCCUCAGCCAAAGAGAGUCUGACAACUUCAGCCGAAGAUCCUUCCGUUUAAAGUCUUUACGACAGUGCGAUUCAAUUUGGAGGAACGCGUGAAACACCUGGGCACUGUCUAAUUAGAGGAAGUCUGUUAGUUUGAGCAGCAAUGGUGCUCUUUAUGGCGCUGUGGAUGGGGACUCUCCUCCAGUUUUGUCAUGCAAACAUUUACACCAAUGACUGGGCGAUAAGAAUAAGAGGGGACCUUGAGUCUGUGAACAGAAUUGCAGAGAAAUACGGAUUUACUAACACGGGCCAGAUUGGAGGCCUGAAGAGUUAUUACAGUUUUCGCCACCAUGAGACGGCAAAGAGGGCCAGCGGGUCCAACAGAGAGGUGACUGCUAGCGUCGCCAAGGAGACUGAGGUGGAAUGGCUCCAACAGCAGGUGGUCCAGAGAAGAGAGAAGAGGAACUCCAGAGCCAGUCACAUCUACUCUGUUAACAUGAAGACAAAACACCUUCCCACUGUCCACCUUCAGUCUAACGACACCCAGACACUGCAUUUCAAUGACCCAGGGUGGAACAGCCCGUGGUACACUCACUGCAGCGAUGAGUCCAACGGCUGCCAGUCUCCAAUGAACAUCAUCGCAGCCUGGAGGAGAGGGUAUACUGGGAAGGGUGUGGUGGUGUCUGUCCUAGAUGAUGGCAUUGAGAGAGAGCACCCGGACCUGAAGCCAAAUUAUGAUCCUCUCGCCAGCUAUGAUGUGAACGGACAAGACCCCGAUCCUUCUCCAAAUUAUUCCAACAAUGCUGAGAACUACCAUGGGACUCAGUGUGCAGGGACGGUUGCUGCCACUGAAAAUAACUCUCAUUGCAUGGUUGGAGUCUCUUUCUCUGCACGGAUAGGCGGCAUCCGAAUGUUAGAUGGAGAUGUGACAGACAUCGUAGAGGCCCAAUCACUGAGCUUCAGACCACAGUAUAUAGAUAUUUACUUAGCUAGUUGGGGACCAAAAGAUGAUGGCGCCACUUUGGACGGACCUGGGCCUCUGACUCGUCUUGCUUUAGAGAAUGGCAUCAAAACAGGCCGGCAUGGUAGGGGCUCUGUUUUUGUCUGGGCCUCAGGGAAUGGAGGGCAAAGGGGUGACCACUGUUCCUGUGAUGGCUACAGCGGCAGUAUCUACACGAUCUCUAUCAGCAGCAGCACUCGGCACAGAAGCCAGCCAGACGACCUGGAGCGGUGCACCUCCACCCUGGCGGCAGCUUACACUGGUGGGGAGACAGAGGACAUGGUCGUCUUGGGUCCGCAGCGGAGCUGUAGCCAGCCUCUGUCAGGGACCUCGCUCUCCUCCUCCGUAGCUGCAGGUGUCAUCGCUCUCAUUUUGGAUGCCAACCCCUUGCUAACCUGGAGGGACAUACAGCACAUUAUCGUUCGAACAUCAAAAGCUCAUCAUCUUACUGCUCCUGACUGGCACGUUAAUGGGGCUGGAUACAAAGUGAGCCAUCUAUAUGGCUUUGGCCUCCUGGAUGCUGAAAGCAUGGUGAAGGAGGCCAAGGGGUGGAAACAAGUCCCCUCACAGCAUGAGUGUGUGGAGGAGGUUCCCAUCCAGCUGAGCAGAGCUAUUCAUCCAGGCUCGGUAGUGACGUCUGUGUAUGAGACUACCGGCUGCUCCAGCAAGCCCCUGCAGCAUGUUAUUUAUGUGGAGCAUGUUGUCGUCCGUGUUACCAUCACUCACACUCGCCGUGGCGACCUUUCUAUUAUGCUCACGUCACCUUCAGGCACCAUGUCGCAGCUGCUAGCUAACAGGCCUCUUGACGACUCCACAGAGGGAUUUCACGGCUGGGAAUUCAUGACCACUCACUGCUGGGGGGAACGGGCGGCGGGGGAGUGGACUUUGAAAAUCCAGGAUACUCCUUCUCAGAAAAGAGACGGCACCGAACUAGGAAUGCUAAAGGAGUGGUCCCUGGUGAUUUAUGGCACUGCAGAGCAGCCGUAUCCUGUGCGUCAAGAGCGAGCCCGAUCAGCUGAGAUGCCAAUGGAUAGUGACCUAACUGUUGAAUACAGUGGACCCUGCGACUCAGAAUGUGGUGACGCUGGUUGUGAGGGGCCCAGCCCGCAGCAGUGUGUCACGUGCUUACACUUUUUUCUCAAGUUCAAGAACAGCACAAGGACAUGUGUAUCAGAGUGUCCCAGAGGGUUCUGGGGCGACCGCCGUCGUUGUAAGAGGUGCUACUCUUCCUGUGAGAGCUGCACUGGGAGUCGCAGUGACCAGUGCACGUCCUGUAUACCUGGUCAUCACCUGACUGAGGGAACCAACACUUGCACAGCCAUCUGCAGGGAUAACUACUAUCUUGACAACAAUGCAAAUAUUUGCAGAAAGUGCAGUGAAAACUGCUUGAAGUGUACCUCCUACAGCAUCUGCACAGAAUGCAAACCAGACACAAGUCUGCAGGGGAAUAGGUGCCAGCGAAGCUGUGCUGCGGGAUUCUACCAUGACAAGCAGGAAGAGACAUGCAAGCCCUGUCACAAGGCCUGUGCUACCUGUGCAGGUGCGGGUGCUGAAGCAUGUAACCACUGUGCAGAUGGCUACUUGAUGGAGGAGUGGAGGUGUGUGUCCUCCUGCAGUGCUGGCUUUUACGCCGCAGAGCCAAACCCAGAGAUAGCCGAUGGGCACAGGAUAUGUAGGAGGUGUGACGCCAGCUGCCUCACCUGUGUGGGGCCAAGCUGGGGGAACUGCAGCAGCUGUUCCAGUGGCCACAGCCUGAAGGAGGGAGCAUGUUCUUUUAACACUGUGUGCACAGAUGGAGAGUACCAGGACGGUGAUGGAAGGUGUAAUGCGUGUGAUGCAACGUGUCUGAAGUGCACAGGGCCACAGAGUCAAGACUGCAUCAGCUGCAUUUCUUCACGGGCUCUGGACGGGGGCCGCUGCGUGGUGGAGUGUGCCAAGGCUAAGUACCAGUCAGGUGGCCAGUGUUACUUGUGUGACCACACCUGUGCCAGCUGUGUAGAUGCUGGGCCUGCUGACUGUACCAGCUGUGACACUGAUAAGUUUGGAAUGGAGCGUUACCUGUAUAAAGGUCAGUGUCUGGAUACCUGUCCCGAGGCCUUCUACCACACCAAGGAGAGGAGCUGUGAGCCGUGCUCGGACCACUGUCAGCUCUGCACAAGCCCCGCCUACUGCCUCAAGUGUAACUCCUCCUACUACGUGUCUGAUGGAGAGUGUGUGAAGCUGGAGUGUGGUGAAGGGGAGGUGGAGGAUCCAGAUUACGAUGACUGCAUGGCCUGUGAGGAAGGCUGCAAGAAGUGCGUCUUGUAUAAUCCCAGGCAUUGCCUGUCCUGCAUUGAGGGCUUUUACAAUUUUCAGGAUGGCUGCUACAAAAGCUGCCCAGCUAAGACGUACAUUGUGGAGGAGGACAUGACCUGCGUCCCAUGUGAUGACAACUGUGUGAGCUGUGAUGAACAUGAGUGCUACUGGUGUGAGACCGACCUCUUCUUAUCAGAGGGGAGGUGUGUUUCUGUGUGUCCCGACGGCUUCUUUGGCGAUGAAGACACCAACGACUGUGAGGAAUGUCACUCGGACUGUAUGACAUGUAGCGGCCCCGAGGACGACGACUGUCUGUCGUGUGAGGAGGGGGAGACACUAGAAAAUGGAGAGUGUGUGUCUGCCCGUGACGUCUGUCCUGUUAAGACCUUUCACAGCGAUGAUGGCGAGUGUAAGGACUGCGACCCAUCCUGUGAGUCCUGCUCUGGAGAGGAGAAGGAUCAGUGUACAAAAUGUGCCAAAGGGCAGUUUUUGACCCCACAGCAAACAUGCGUGUCAAAGUGUCCAGGGGGUUUCUUUGCCAGUCAGCUGAGCGGCGUGUGUGAGAACUGCCCUCCAGGCUGUUUGCAGUGUGUGGACGCUCAGCACUGCACUCGCUGUCAGAGCACUCGCAAAGCUCCGUUAUUUCUGCAGAAUGGACACUGUGUCCAACAGUGUGUCAGGGGUUAUCCUGUGGGCCAGGUGUGUCGUAGCUGUGCAGCAGGCUGUGCAUCCUGUGGGAGAAACGCCACCCACUGCCUCACCUGUGAACAACCUCUCCUCCUACACAAUCACCGGUGCGUAACAGAGUGCCCUCCACCGCACACCGCCCGCGACGGGGAGUGCCAACACUGCCCUGCUACCUGUCAGGAGUGCAGCCCACUUGGGGAGUGCACAGGCUGUGAGGAGUAUCACUUUCUCCAUGAGGGCCUGUGUGUGCUAGAGUGUCCCGAGAGGUUCUACGAGGGCACAGAGCAAGGGCAGUGUUUGCAUUGCCACCCUGACUGCGCUUUGUGUGACGGGCCGAACAACAAUGACUGUGAUGCCUGUGGGGACCCUGAGGCGACUCUGCACAAUGGGGCGUGUCUGGCAGCCUGCCCCUCCCAUACCUACAGGGAUGCCAUAUCAGCAGAAUGUAAAGAAUGUGAUGCUUCCUGCCUCACCUGCUUUGGCCCCCAUUCUGGCUCCUGCACCAGCUGCAGAGAGGAUCGGAGGCUGGAUGACCACAACCAUUGUGUACCAUCAGCCAACAGGUGCUUGCCUCACCAGUAUGCAGACGCAGAUGGAGAAUGCUAUCAGUGUCACAAAUACUGCCACAGGUGUUCAGGUCCUGGAAAAACCCACUGCCUCAGCUGCAACCAGAGACGGCAUCUGCUCAAUGGCACUUGUGUGGAUGAAUGCCCAGCAGGCUACUAUGAGGAUGAGUCGGGGCAGAAAUGUGAAGCCUGUCACCCUUCCUGUCAUGCCUGCAUUGGAAAGCACAGCCAUGAGUGUCUUGCCUGCAAAGCUCACCUAUUUCAAGAGGGCAAAGAAUGUGUGGAGACCUGCCAGCACAGUCACUAUGGAAACACGGUCUCAAGGACGUGUGAGAAGUGUGACCCGAGCUGCGGUGAGUGCAUCGGGCCUGGGGAGGACAGCUGUCUGAGCUGCAUUCCGGGUCUCACCUACCUGCGGAGAGAAGGCCGUUGCCUCUCCUCAUGCCCUCAGGGAUACUACCAUGACCUUGUGCACCACACCUGUGAGCCCUGCCAUGCCAGAUGCAGAACAUGCUCAGGAAGAGAUUCUAAAUCCUGUGACUCGUGCUACGCUGGAUUCGUGUUCUCAGAUGGCAUGUGCGAGUCUGUGUGCAACAUAGGCCGGUAUCCUGUAAUAAAGGGUUCAGGCCAUGAUUGUGAAGACUGUGACAACUCCUGUCUGGAGUGUCAAGGGCCCGGUCCUGCCAAUUGCACUGUGUGCCCUGCUCAGGCCAUCUUAGAAGCUGGAGGGCGCUGUCUGCUUUGUUGCAGUCAGGAGGAGGAAGCCUCAACACAGCAGCAGGAGUGCUGUAACUGCACAGAGACUCGAGGAGAGUGUGUUCUCAGCACCAACUUGGCAUUCAGGAAUAAUGAGGAAGAAGAGGCCAGAGGUAACCUUAUAAUCUUCAUCAUCGCUUGCAUUCUGCUGGCACUGGGACUGGUGGCUGUCGUCUUCCUCAUUAGACACUCCCGCUCCAAGAGUGCACCACCGGACAUCCCUCCUCAUGGCUACGAGAAGCUUGGCUCUGGUAGGGGAUAUGGAGGUGGCAGCAGAUAUAGCGGCUACAGCUCUGCAUCAUCUGCAAUUUACAGCGGCCGCACCACCUCCUCCUUCCAGGAGGAUCAGUUGGUUGACAUUGGAGUGCGUCACACAGGGAUUAAGAAUGAAGAUGAUGAUGAUGACGAUGAUGAGGACAUUGUUUACAUGGGCCAGGAUGGCACAGUGUACAGGAAAUUCCGCUAUGGCCAGCUAGAAGAGGAUGAGGAUGAGCUGGAGUAUGAUGACGAGAGCUACGCAUUCCGGUGAAGCAAAAGAAUUUCUCCAAAAAAAUAAAACAAAAAAAAACUGUUCUCCUCCUGCUUUUAUUCAUCCCUCUGUGCUGUUUUUCUCCUUCUGCCCUGAGGGACAGACCCAAUUGUCCUUCAUUGGCGUCGAACAAAAUGAGUUACAGUUAUUAGAAGCUAAAGAUGAUCUGUUGUCCAUUUGCAAAAUGAAAUGAGCUGCAGAAAAAUUCCAUGUUUAACUUUUUUGAGGAACUUUAAGUAAUUAAGCCUGACUUCCUUUGGAGCACAAUGCCGUCCCAUACAUAAUCUAGCAAGGGCAUUUACUGGUUUUGACAGUUUUAUUAAUCAUGUCAUCUCUUUUUGCAUUGUUGUGGUGUUGUAUUUGCAUUUUAAAUUUAAUUAUUCUGGUUUCUUUUCAAUACGUGUUUGGCUGUCAUUGAAUUUUAAUUUGAAAAUGUGUUCUUCUGUUCGAAUAGUCUAGAAAAAACUGCCUGGGAUUGACUUUACG